AUGAAAUCAAAUAAUAAUAUUUAUAUUAUUGUUUUAGUUAUAGUAUUGUUUAUUCUAACAAACGAUGCUUUACAAUUAGAGAAAAAAAAAACAUACAAAAUAGGAGAUCCUCUGCCGAUCUAUGUGAACAAGUUGAUUUCGCAAGACAAAAUCUUCUCUUAUUCAUACUAUGAUUUACCAUUUUGUAAACCUGAAAACGGUUUAUCGUCUCAAGAAACUAUCGGUCAAGUUUUAAAUGGUGAAAGAAAACAACUCACUCCUUAUAAUGUAACAUUUUUGCAACCAACAUCAGGUUUUCAAGUGAUCAAUAAAUACUCUGGUUGUGAUAUCUUUAGUUAUCGAAAUACCAACGAUAAGUUGGCAGAGUUUAUCAAAGCGGGUUACUGUAUGGAGAUGGAAAUCGAUGAUCUUGUUGCCUACACUUGGAGUGGAGUUUCAAACGACAAUGCAAUCAAUAUCGGAGAUUACUGGUUCGAUCGAGCAAAUAAUCAGGAAAUAUUGACAAUCAACAACCAUUUAUAUUUCACAAUUCAGUAUAACAAGGUUAGCGAAGAUGAGUAUACAAUCGUUGGACUCCGUGUUUUUCCACAGAGCAGACAAUUCAACUUGCAAAACUAUCUAUAUUACGGUUUGUCAGCUCUAAUGGCAGCGCCCAAUAUCUAG